AUGUCGCGAGUGCCUAUUCUCGUUGUUUUAGGUUCAACGGGUACGGGAAAAUCUCGGUUGGCUAUUGAAUUGGCUCAAAAAUUUGCAGGGGAAAUUAUUUCUGCAGAUAGUAUGCAGACAUUUUGGCCACUCAUAUUCUCAGUCGAAUUAGACAAUUUUACAAAGGCAGCUCGAAUGUAUAAUUACAUUCGGUGCAUUAUACAUAAGAAGCAAAAAACAUUUUUCUCGGUUAAGUUUGCAUUAACAUCAUGA